AUGAGUUUUCCUAUUUGUCACCCAAGACAUUGUCGUCUUGUUUGGUGCUUCGUUCUUUUGGUUGUCUGCGUGGUUCAGAGCGGAGCUGGCUCUAAUCUCCCUACCGUGAAAUCUUCGGAUUUCACGGCUGUUUCACAGUUUAACAGCACCGUCAAAUAUCGAGUGAUUCGGUCAAGCCAACGAGCCUCCUACUUAAGGUGUGCCGCGGCCUGCCUCAAGGAAGAAGACUGCAGCUACUUUAGUUAUACCAAAGACACCAGACGCUGUGAAUUGAGCGAUGACUCGAUCGUGUCAGUCAACAAAGAGAAGUUGAAAUACUUCAAAAGAAAUGGAGACUGUCCUUGCUCCGUGGAGGGACCUCUUGGGAUGGAAGAUGGUCGCAUCCCGGAUGAAAGCAUCACAGCUUCGUCUGUUUGGAAAAACCAAGCUGAUCAUGGCCCACUCAAGGCCAGACUUUAUACUCAAGAAUAUGCUGCAGCCUGGUGCUAUGGCGGAUAUGAAGACAGUCCAUGGAUACAGGUUGACUUCAAUGGUACUGCCACCAUCACUGGUUUGAUCACCCAGGGGCGCGGAGACUCCGAAUACGACCAACGGGUGACGGAGUACCAAGUGUCGUACAGCGAUGACGCUCAGUCCUGGGAUCACGUGACUGAUGCGUUUGGCAGACAAAUAAAGUUCGCUGGUAACUCAGACAGAAGCACGUUGGUAACCGCUCGGUUCCCAUUGGCAUUGCGCACCAGAAUCCUACGCAUUCACCCAUCUGCAUGGCACAACUAUUGCAGCAUGAGGUUUGAAGUGAUUGGCUGCUAUUAA